GAUUUUAACCACACACUUAUCAGCUACAAAUGUCACUAGCACGUUGCUACUGGGCCACUAUUUGUAAAUAGAAAAAAAAACGAACUCUUGUGAUUUUCAAAGCGUUUGGAACUUUUUCUUUGGCUCAAACCAAAAUGACGGAAAUUCAAAGUGAGGAUGUUUCUUCGACCAAGAAGGAAACAGAAGAAGGGGCUGGAGCCGAAACUCAAAAUCAAAAGGAGUCAACACAGGACAGUGAUAACCCAUUCAAAUCGGAUAAAAAGCCACCAAAGCGGAAAAAGCAGAAGAAAAUCGCUGGAGCAGAUGAGUCACAAGCAAAAGACAACGAUGAUGAGGAAGGUAAUGUAAUGCCGGCACCACCGCCAUCCAAGCGUCAGAAAAAACGACAGAAACUAGUGCAGAAUGUAGUGCGAAACAAGGACAAAGAAAUCGAAAAGACGAUCUCAUAUUUGACCAAAUGGGAGACGAGCCGUGAUGAAUGGAAGUAUGAAAAAUUGCGACAAAUUUUCAUUCAGAAAAAUAUUUUCGAUGAGAAUGUCAUUCCAAAUGAACACACUGAGGUUGCGAUCAAAUAUUUGGCCACAUCAAAGGGUCAUGCCCGUGCAGUCAUAAUUGAGGCAGCCGAAGCCAUAAUCAAAGAAAUUGAGGAUAAGAUUACCGACGAAAAUCAAGAGGAACUCACCUCAUCAGCACGCUACGAUCGGGCACGUGAAAUACUUCAAUCGAUGCAAGAAUAAAAUCGAUCCAUAAGAACAGAAAAUUAUUAGGAAAUAGGAGAAUUAUCAAUAAUAAUACACACUUUUUUUUUAUUAAGAAAUUAAAUCAAGUUCAGCAUAUUA